AUGUCUGGUCCUGCUGCUGCUUCGCUGACGAGAGCACGGCAGAAAAGAAGGCCUGAGGACGACGCGCCAGUGGUGCCGGCCAAGAAAGCAAAGGAGUCGCCGGAUGGGGCUGCAGCUCAGGAUCCCGGCGCAUCCGCGGCAGCAUCAAUUCCUCAGCCGGACCUGCCCCCUGCUCUCGGCGAAGAAGCACGCAUGACAAAUGCGGCGGACGUCUUCCAGAAGAAACAAAUCUUCCAGUGGGUCCUCCAGGAACUGCCCCCCGCGCUGGCACGCCUGAACCUGUGUGCGCCAGACACCAAUUUGAAAACCUUGCCGCCGCUGGACAUCUCGGCCGACAAGGACAUGAAGAAUCAAAAGGUCACGACCUUCAAAGAAGCGUGGAACCCUACACACGCGGAAAUGUCGCUCAGGGCCAAUGGAAUGUACGAGGCAGGCGCAGCCCUGUAUUGGGCUGACACCACCGGCGGCCGCACUGGCAAUGUCAUGGAAACCUACGUCAUGGAGCCAUCUUGGCACGAGGUGCAGUCGUUCAUGAAUGUGCACGUGCCUGAGAAGAGUGUCAUGAAGAAUGGUCGUUUGCUCUUUGCGCAGACAUUGGCCUGCUAUGGCGACUUGAGUCAGCUAGUCCCUGCUGCUGGGUUUCCCAGCAACGUCUUCAUGCUGUCCGGCAAGAUCUUUGUGUAUGCCUGGUACCUGGCAAUGUGCGAGGCGCUCAUUGCAAAAAACAACAGCCGCAUCACCCGGCUCCACGAAAUGGCCUUGACCGUGACUUUCAGGGCGCACCUGGAAGCGGAUAUGAAUUCCAUGCUGCGAUGGAGCCUGCACGCCUCCGAGCUGUUGCGGAAGGCUGAGCAGCAGGAUUCCUUCCUCAUGUUCGCUCGGAAGAUAUGCCAGCUCGUGGGAUCAGAAGAUGAGGCCGACAACAGCCUCGCGGCCUUGCAAGCGGACAACAUCUGCUUCAAUGGGCAAAAGAUCAACAAAGCCUCCCUGAACGCUUGCAAGCUGCUGUGCGACAACCUGAACGAGAAAGGCGAAGAGUGCUUGCGCAACAUCGACCGCAUGUUCGGCCGGGAUGUCUGGAACGGCGCCUACUUCAAGAUGAUGAGGCUGUGCCAACUGACCAAAACAGCCCAGCAGCUCUGGGCCAGGGACACGGUGCCAGACAUGGUGACCUUUCUCUUGGAGACUUGCUAUGUCCUGCUGAAGAGGGGUGAUGCCAAGCCAACUUUCUUCACGAACUCUUGCGUGGAUACCCGCGGCUCCGAUCGUCCUGGGUGGAUUGCUACCACCCUUACCAAGAUGCAUUUGCUUGGGCAGAUGCUGGACUUCCUCAAGGCCGCGAACCAAGUUUGCGAGGGCUCUGUUGCGGAGCUGGUCAAGGAUGUGGCAGCCAUGGAAAAGAUGCGCAGCCCUUUGUCCUGGGAUGCGACCAUGCCAGCUGUGCCGGAAGAGGAAGACGACGAUGGAGAGCUGGAGGAUUCCCAAGCAACAACGCUCGCCCAGGAGUCACUCCUCGUGGAAGGCCACGACCCCCUCGGCCAGCUGCAGGCCGAUCUGUCCAAGGCUGGCAAGCUUUUCGUCGCGCUGGCCGACGAUCUGUGGAAAGGCUCCUAUGAGACCGAGUUGAAAGCCCUCUGCUCAACCAAGGACGUCUGUCAGGGAGCCAUGGAUGAUGCGGAGGGCAAAUGCAAGAAACUCGGCAAGGCCUUGAAAGACGCCAUCUCUGUCGGGGCCCCAGAUGAACGAUGCCGCUUCAGGGUUGUGUCUUGUCGCCAAAAAGAGUUUCUCGUUCUGGGUUUGGAGGCUUCUCAUGGUACUUUUUCCCCAGCAGUUGCAACAAUGCAGUUGAGCACAGGCUCCGGAGCAGAUACGAGUGCAAGCAAAAUGCCACGUGUGAGUGAGGCCCUGCACCUGCUCUCGGCCAGCGGCCUCGACAGCAAAGUGGGGUGUGCGCCCAUGUCCUUGCGUCAGCUGGUCAAGACGCUCAGCAACGAGAGCGCCGACUUAGAUGUCGGCAAGGCGGAGCGGGACAAGCUGUGGCGCGAAGCGCAACAGGCUCGGAAAAAGAAAGCCCAGCUCGCCUUGUUGAAGAGCGCCAGCAACAAGGACAGCUGGCAGAGCCUCUACAGCAAGACUGCUGCUAAAACCUUCGAUUCCGAUGGCUUGCUGAACGAGAACCAUCGCCUGUUCGUGGUUUGCCUGGAUGCGUGGCUGGAGGAGAAGGAUGCACACACCACCAAACGGCCGGUGGAUGCAUCUCUUCUGGAAGGCGUCUUCGGCUUUCUGAAGCAGCAGGUGAUGGAGCACGACUUGCUGCUUAUCUUGGAUGGUUGCGAGGCAGCCAAUCGCGACAUCAUCCAAAAAGAGAUGGGUGGCAGGGUGCCGGGAGGCGGGGGGCUCUACAGCUUCACCGUGCUGCACGAAGAGUCCAAGCCUGCGGGAAAGCGCAGCCGCAAAGUGUUUUGCGGAUCCAUGUCCGUGGAGACAGCCUACCUCCGCAUCAACGUGCCCCGUGUUCGCCUGGCGGUUUCUGACCGCACCGACCCGUACGUGCCUCCUGGCGCAGCGAAGACCACCCACAACAUGAACCUUGUGGGGGUCCCAGGCGUCAGUGCGCGACAGCUUCCUCGCAUCCUUCUCACGGACAAGCAAAAAAUAUUCCCGGACGCAGAGAUGCCAAAGGACUGGAAGGCUUCUUCAGUCCCCCUCUUUUGGAAUGAGACCAAAGGCACAAAGUUUUGGGAGACCGUGAUCGAGAUGCUGAACGUGGGCCAAAUAGUGGACUGCACGCCGGGAAGUGGGUGCCUAGCAAAGCUGUGCCUCAGCUACGACGAUGUCAGCUACCUCGCGAUCCUCGAAGUGAGCAUCACUUGA